CCGAAGAGCCCUUAAAGCGCCCCGAGCGCUUCGCGUUGAGUUCACCUUCUCCAAAAGUGGGCAGCACGCGCCAGCCUACGGGGCCCACAGAGCCCUGGGUCGGCUGGGCGAGAUGCGGAGUCCGGCGACGGCGCUGCGCGAGGUGCACCUGGACUACCUGGCGUUCUACCGCGCCACCUGGGCGGAAGGGAAACUUUCGGUCUGCAACGAAGCGGCGGUGAAGAGCCCGGCCAGGCGCCUGCUGGCCUCGGACGCCGGCUGGCCCGAAGGCUGGGGCAGGCUCGACGUCUACGGCAUCGCCCGUGGCUGCCUGGCCAUGAAAGGCGAGCGGGGAGAGGUCGUUUUCCGCAAGCUGGCCAAAGCUUUCGAGUUCCUGGAACUGAUCUGCGUCAACCUCUUCCUCUCGCCUUGGAGGAGGGAAAUCAAGUCGCUGAAGACUUUUACUGGGAACUUUGUGUACUACGUACAAUCCGUCCUCCCGGAAGGGGUCGUGCAAACACUGUUGGAGGAAAUGGGCUACGUUGCAACCACUGCCACGGAGUUUUCGCUGGUAAGGAAGCUAAAUGAAGAGGAAGCCGAGCAAGCAGCCUUUGAGAUAUUCCUGGCAAGAAUCCAAUGCGAAGACCUCCUUCACAUUGCGGAAGAUGCAAGGGAGAGCGAUUUGGGGGAUAUCCUACAGAAACGAGCUCAAAAGCACUGGCGUCCUGAAGGCAACCCAGCUAGGAAGCACCCACCUUCCCAGGGAAAGGAAAGCGUGAUGGUCGGAGGAAGAAAUGAGAGGCAAGGGUGCUUCGGUCCCCAGCCGGGAGACGUUACGCCAAACAAAUCGGCCUUUGAAGAAGCUGAAAACCCGGAGCUCAGGAGCGGGCUUGGCCUCCAAUGCACCACGGACGAGCCCCGGGCAACUGCUUCCGAAUUGGCUUGUGAGCAGAACAUGAGCCAAGAAAGCCAGGCGGGCAUGUCAGCGAGCUCCUGCGUCAAAAGCACCGACAGCGAGGAUUUUUUGAUGAAAUACAGCGACAUUGUCAUCGGCCAAAAGCCCCUCCACUUUGCAGAUCUCUCUCCGAAGGUAUCGGACGACGCGACCCGGACUGCGGGACUCACAGGGCCUCGGCUGGGGCCACCGCCGAAUGGGGCGCGGCCGCUGGCUCUGCUGUCUCCCGACGCAAGCGGCCCGCAAGCCUUAGCCAUACUGAAUGAUGUCACUUUAGAAAGCAGAGCCCCUUAUGGCUACGGAAGCCGAGAGACAAUUGAAUCCAAGAUCUGCGAUGCCAUGCAGUGCCUGACCAUUCAUGGAUCGGAUCCAAUGGACCAGCCCCAAGAACUGAAAGGGGGCACCGAGCAACACGGCCAUCAUCUCUCAGGGCGCGGCUUCUCGAGAAAAGAGGGAACCAGCAACUUAUCCUCGAAGAAGAAGCUCAAGCUCAAGGGAGACACAGUAGAGAGGCUCGUACAUCCUGUAGAGGAGACGGCACAACCGGAGUCGACAGGCAGCAAGAGAGGCGCCCAAGGAUUUGACCUUUCUCAGGUGAAACUCACGGAUCUACCUGGUGACACCAGGGAAGGCUUCAACAUUGACCUCUACUCGUCAGAUGUGUUCUGCAAUAUCACUGACUGCCAGCAUCCUGCCGUUGGUUCCAGUUAUAGCAGACUUCUGGCAGGCAGGCCGGGUGCAUGUGAAGCUGGGGAAUACUUUAGGCAUGGCAGAGAGCCAGACAGCUCAACCUGUACCGUCCCUCCGGAGGUACAGUAUCGUGAUGGCAUUCCGGCAAGCGUUCUGUGCAGGGGAGAAGGGUGCCCUCUCCACGCUUCUUUUGCAGACUUUGAGGCUUGUGUCGUGCCGGUGAAUGAAACUUGCCCGGAGGGUUACAUCAUAAUAAACCAAGAGGAUUAAGCGACGUGUCCAAUGGAGCCUUCCGGAUGCAAACCCUGAGCCGUUUUUCAAGAGACCGCCAGGGUGCAGGUGGGGAUUGGGGGAUCUUCGUGCCUCUCCUUCCUUCGACUGUCUUCCAUAGCCAUCACUUGCCUUCGGUAGAGGUCAGAGGAAAGCAGGAGAGGACAGAUUGGAUUUAUUGGGGGUGCAGCUAUGCAUUGACACCCACGCCCCCUCCCAUCCCUUAUUGUCAAUAUGUGUCCUCUGUCUUGCACAAGGGUUGCCCACAGGAUGGGAUGCCAAAUGUGUUGUCCUAUGGGGAUUGUAGUCCAACCCAUUUGGAGUGUGCCAAGUUGGGGAAGGUUGGUCUACAGAAAAUGGGGGUGGGGAAGGGGAGACGGGUGCAAACCCUAAAAUGGUCUUCCCCACAAGCUGGUGUCCUCUGGCUCUUUUGGACUUCAACUCCCGCCAGCCCCAGCCAGUGUGGCCAAGGGUCGGGACGCCUGGGAGUUGUAGUCCAAAACAUCUAGAGGACACCAGGUGGCGAAGCCAGCCUAAAACAUGUCCUGGAUCAAGCGAAGCACAAACUAGGAAGUUACGUGAAUAAGAAAUGCUUCACUAUGCUAUACUUAUCGUUUUUCCCUCUCCUUUUGAGCAAAGAAAAAAUAAUCAUAAGGUGUAAUACUUGGGGUAGUAUCCAAUAUUAGUCCUAAGUCGAGUAAACCCAUUGAAAUGAAUGGAAGUUACUCACAAUUAACCCAAGUCCCAUUUGUUGACAUGGGUCUACUCUGCAUAGGACACUACUCUUAGGGUUGUAAAAUUAUUGCCUCUUUUAGCUUGCCUUGCCCCUGCAUUCCAUAAGUCACUUACGGGUAUCUUCGUACAUACAUGUCACAUAAUUGGUUUUAUAUUUUUGUGCCUGUCAAGAAGGAUAUCCAGAGUGGAGUUGUGCCUGUAGCCUUUUGUUACUUCCUUCUCUUUGUAAAUUAUAUUCUUGACAACAUAAUGACCCAGUUUCACGGCCGUGGCGUGGUUAACAAGCCAACAGUGGCUUGUUAACCCCACUGCUCAUGCCGGCCAGAUUUCCCAAAUUACCCUUGUCGUGUCGUCCAAACGCCCAAACCCAAGCAACAUGGCUUGAUUGAUGGAGCAACCCCAUCAAAUAACCAAUGGGCUGUUUGGUUGUGUGAGCAUUGCUUCCCCGCUGCCCUAACAAACCAUGCCGCCCGGGUUCGGACAGCACACAAGCUGCACCAGUGAGGAUAAUUAGGGAACUCCGACCAGCACACACAGGGGAAUAAGCCACCUUAGCACAUUACUCACACCACGAUCUUGUGAACUGGCCCAAUAGGUCUGAACUAGCCUAUGAUGCAGAAUAUAUAAUCGGAUUCUUCUGUGUCGAGCCCAUUGGUCUAUUACUUUAACCAUUCCGUGGCUGUUCAGGUCCACCAGUCUAGAUUUCAGAAAAUUUCCUUAGGAAUGUAGUUGUCUUAUAAAUCGUCAAGGAAGAUGAGUGAUCAUAUAGCCUAAUUCUAUGCACAUCUACACAGACAUAAAUACCAGUAUGUUCAAUAGGGCUCACUCUCAGAUAGGUGUGCAUAGGCUUGUGUUAAUACGAGUCAAAUUUUGAAGAUCUGUCACACAUCCUUUCUGGGGAGGCUGUGCUUUUUUACUCCCAUUUUUCCUGGCCAUUGCCCUGAUAACACAAAUAUUCAAGGGUGUUUUGUGCUUCUGAGCCCAGCGAGGCAGGGGGCAGUGAAACCUGUGGACCUCUAGGUGAUGGACUUUAACUCCUAUCAGCCUCAGCCAACAUGGCCAAUGGUGAGGGAUUAUGGGAGUUGUAGCCAACAACAUCUCGGAGGGCACAGGUUCCCCUCUCUUGCAACGACGAAUCAAUAGGAAUCGGCGAAGUUGGACGCUUUCAAUCUCGCCUCUGACCCAAGCUGCUGGGGUGGUGGGGGAGGGAUCAUUUAAGUUUCAGGCAGAAGACGGACCAUUUGUAAGCAUGAUGGGCAGUUUCGAAAGGUUGCCAUCAUUCUCAAACGAGAGGGCCCUCAUGGAAGAACAGCAAAUUCUGUGCUAAAAUAUGUCUGCAUCAGUUUGAAAGAGUAAAUUUUCCUGGAAUAAAAUUAUACAAAAGGAGGAAA